AUGGAAGAAGAGCUGCCUGCACCUACUGAUGAAAAUGUUGAUGAGAGAUACCAUUUUACGUCUCUUAUUCUAAACUUGGUUAACACAUUUUUGUAUAUGGUCAAUACAUAUAUCAUUGUCCCUACAGCUGAUGAUUACUCUAUGCACCUUGGGGCUGCACCAACGGUCUGUGGUAUUGUGAUCGGCGCAAUGGCCGUGGCUCAGCUGUUUUCCUCUGUAUAUUUCAGUGCAUGGUCAAAUAAAUCAUACUUCAGACCUCUUGUAUUCAGUAGCAUAAUUCUUUUUCUCGGGAAUACCAUGUAUGCCUUAGCGUACGAUUUUAAUUCAAUAUGGAUUCUCCUAAUUGGCCGUCUUUGCUGUGGAUUUGGUUCUGCCAGAGCCGUAAACCGGCGCUACAUCAGUGAUUGUGUGCCUUUGAAAAUCCGCAUACAAGCAUCGGCAGGUUUUGUUAGUGCCAGCGCUCUUGGAAUGGCCUGUGGUCCUGCAUUAGCUGGCUUACUGCAGACGAAUUUUAAGAUUUACAAUGUUACAUUUAAUCAAGAUACUUUGCCAGGGUGGGUUAUGACUAUUGCUUGGCUUAUUUAUUCAAUAUGGCUGUGGAUCUCUUUUGUGGAACCUUCUCGUGAAUUUGAAGAGGACCGUAAAACAGAUAAAUCUCAGAAAUCUAAUGCUGAAGACAGUGAUGCACUUGAAAAGGGGCUACAGCAACCAUUGCUGAUUACUUCGGAAGAUAAGGUAGAUGAAGAUACUGAUCAGGAUAAUGAUGAUAGCGAGGAAGCUCCAGAGGAAUCUCGUCAGCCAGCCACUUCAAUUGGAUCGGCAUAUAGACUCCUUACACCUUCUGUAAAGGUUCAAUUAUUGAUAUAUUUCAUGCUCAAAUAUGUGAUGGAGAUUUUACUAGCAGAAUCUAGUGUCAUCACAACAUACUACUUUAAGUGGUCAACUGGCACAGUUGCCAUUUUUCUUGCUGGCCUUGGUUUGACAGUUCUUCCUAUAAACAUUAUUGUUGGAAGCUAUGUAAGCAACUGGUUUGACGACAGGCAAACUCUGUUGGCAUCAGAAAUCAUGGUUUUAAUUGGCAUAGUCUCGGCCUUUCAUGUAAUCAUUCCAUACUCUGAGCUGCAGUACAUCUGUUCAGGUCUUCUCAUGUUUGUUUUUGCUGAAGUACUUGAAGGUAACAUUUUACUAGUAAUUUUCUUUUCUAUUUUUGUAUAUUUAUUACUGAAUUGCACUUAUGGUGAUAAAAUUAUAGUUGUACAUGCUCUGAACCAACUAAAAUUGUAUGUGUUUCUAUGUCGAGUGAAGAAAGGGCAUCAACAAGAUAACGGAUGGGCAUGUGGAUAUUAUGUCAUGAAAAAUAUGUUUGACAUUAUUGAUGCUUGUAUUGUUGAAAGAUUCAAUGAGAUAUUCACAGACACCUCAUCAUAUGAAAAAGAGUCAAUUGAUCACAUCCGACAACUUUGGGCUCAAUUCUUUUUGCAAAAGGUUGAAGAGCAAGAGAACCAGGAAAAGAAAGAUUUAAUGACAAAACAGAAGCGAUUAAAAAAAACUUAUAUAUAG